AUGAGUGCACGAGGCGAAGGAGCCGGUCAGCCCUCCACUUCCACCCAGGGACAACCUGCCGCCCCAGCGCCUCAGAAGAGAGGACGAGGUCGACCAAGGAAGCAGCAACAAGAGCCUACAGGUGAGCCCUCUCCUAAAAGGCCCAGAGGAAGACCUAAAGGAAGCAAAAACAAGAGCCCCUCAAAAGCUGCCCAAAAGAAAGCAGAAGCCACUGGAGAAAAACGACCAAGAGGCCGACCCAGGAAAUGGCCACAACAGGUGAUUCAAAAGAAGCCUGCUCAGGAAGAGACUGAAGAGACGUCCUCACAAGAAUCUGCAGAGGAUGACUAAGAGACCACAGCAUUCCAUUUCUACCUCAUCAGCAG